UACAAAUUUGCUAGGUAGCGUCAGCUAGCGCUAGUCGGCUGUAUCUGCCAAAACUCCGGUAUUUUUCAUCAUAUAGCUUGCCCUUAUUUUUAAAUAGUGAGCCAACAUGUUUUCAGCAAUUUUCUCUUGUCUCUGUGCAGCAGGCAUACACUGAGUGUACAAAACAUUAGGAACACCUUCCUAAUAUUGAGUUGCCCCCAAUUUUACCCCCAACAGCCUACAAUUUGUCGGGGCAUGGACUACAAGGUGUCAAAAGCAUUUCACAGGGAUGCUGGCCCAUUGUUGACUCCAAUGCUUCCCACAGUUGUCAAGUUGGAUGCAUGUACUUUGGAUGGUGGACCAUUCUUGAUACGCACAGGAAACUGUUGUGUGGAAAAACUCCAGCACCAUUGCAGUUCUUGACACACACAAACCGUUGUGCCUGGCACCUACAACCAUAUCCCGUUCAAAGGCACUUAAAUCUUUUAUCCGAAUGGCACACACAAACAAUCCAUGUCCCGAUAGUAUCAAGGCUUAAAAAUCCUUCUUUAACCUGUCUCCUCCCCUUCACCUACACUGAUUGAAGUGGAUUUAACAAGUGACAUCAAUAAGGGAUCAUAGCUUUCACCUGGUCACUUUGUCACUCAGUGUAUAUUGAGUCUCCAGUGUAUCUGUGCUCUGUACGGUGGACUAGUCUGAACUAGUCUCCAGUGUACCUGUGCUCUGUAUGGUACGAUGGGCCUGGCUGCUUUAUCACUGGCAGUGGGAGCAUGCUGUCGUAGCUGGGGUGGACUUUGGCCAGCCAAGCGGCCUCAUCCCACGCUGCUGAAGGUUCUUCAAGGGAGGGCCCCUGAGCUUCCAGUCCCACUAUCUGUCAUACUAUCCAGGUCUGUGCCCAAACAAUAAGGGCUUCUACUUUUAAAAAUCCUCUUUUCUAGAAACAAGUCUCUCACUGUUGCUGCUUGUUAUAGACCCCCUUCAGCCCCCAGCUGUGCCCUGGACACCAUAUGUGAAUUGAUCGCCCCCCAUCUGUCUUCAGAGUUCGUACUGUUAGGUGACAUAAACUAGGACAUUCUUAACACCCUAACCAUCCUACAAUCUAAGAUAGAUUCCCUCAAUCUCACACAAAUUAUCAAGGAACCUACCAGGUACAACCCUAAAUUCGUAACCAUGGGCGCCCUCUUAGAUAUCAUCCUGACCAACUUGCCCUCUAAAUACACCUCUGCUGUCUUCAACCAGUAUCUCAGCGAUCAAUGCCUCAUUGCCUGUGUGCGUAAUGGGUCCGCAGUCAAACGACCACCCCCAUCACUGUCAAACGCUCCCUAAAUCACUUCAGUGAGCAGGCCUUUCUAAUUGACCUGGCCCGGGUAUCCUGAAAGGAUAUUGACCUCAUCCCGUCAGUAGAGGAUGCCUGGUUGCUCUUCAAAAGUGCUUUCCUCAACAUCUUAAAUAAGCAUGCUUCGUUCAAAAAUGUAGAACUCAUUACAGAUAUAGACCUUGGUUUCACCCCAGACUUGACUGUCCUUAACCAGCACAAAAACAUCCUGUGGCGUUCUGCAUUAGCAUCGAAUAGCCCCCGCAAUAUGUAACUUUUCAGGGAUGUCGGGAACCAAUAUACUCAGUUAGGAAAGCUAAGGCUAGCUUUUUAAAAUAGAAAUUUGCAUCCUGUAGCACUAAUUCCCCAAAAUUUUGGGACACUGAAGUCCAUGGAGAAUAAGAGCACCUCCUCCCAGCUGCCCACUGCACUGAGGAUAGGAAACACUGUCACCACCGAUAAAUGUAUGAUAAUUGAUAGUUUCAAUAAGCAUUUUUCUACGGCUGGCCAUGCUUUCCACCUGGCUACCCCUACCCCGGCCAACAUCUCAGCACCCCCUGCAGCAACUUGCCCAAGACCCCCCCGCUUCUCCUUCACACAAAUCCAGACAGCUGAUGUUCUGAAAGAGCUGCAAAAUCUUGAUCCCUACAAAUCAGCUGGACUAGACAAUCUGGAACCUCUCUAAAAUUAUCCUCAAAUUCUUUCAGCCCCUAUUACUAGCCUAUUCAACCUCUCUUCGUAUCGUCUGAGAUCCCCAAAGAUUGGAAAGCUGCCGCGGUCAUCUUCCGCGGUCACCAUCUUCAAAGGGGGGGACACUCUAGACCCAAACUGUCAUAGACCUAUAUCCUGCCCUGCCUUUCUAAAAUCUUUGAAAGCCAAGCUAACGGAUCACCGACCAUUUCGAAACCCGUCGUACCUUCUCCACUAUGCAAUCUGGUUUCCGAGCUGGUCAUUGGUGCACUUCAGCCACGCUCAAGGUCCUAAACGAUAUCAUAACCGCCAUCGAUAAAAGACAGUACUGUGCAGCCGUCUUCAUCGACCUGGCCAAGGAUUUCGCCUCUGUCAAUCACCGCAUUCUUAUCGGCAGACUCAAUAGCCUUGGCUUCUCAAAUGACUGCCUCGCCUGGUUCACCAACUACUUUUCUGACAGAGGUCAGUGUGUCAAAUCGGAGGGCCUGUUGUCCGGACCUCUGGCAGUCUCUAUUGGGGUGGCACAGGGUUCAAUUCUCGGGCAGACUCUUUUCUCUGUAUACAUCAAUGAUGUCGCUCUUGCUGCCGGUGAUUCUCUGAUCCACCUCUACGCAGACGACACCAUUCUGUAGACAUCAAAUCAAAGUUUUUGUCACAUGCGCCGAAUACAACAGGUGUAGGUAGACCUUACAGUGAAAUGCUUACUUACCAAUAGUGCAAAAAAGGUAUUAGGUGAACAAUAGAUAUGUAAAUAAAUAAAAACAACAGAAAAAAGGCAGUGAAAAACAGUAGCGAGGCUAUAAAAGUAGCAGGGCUACAUACAGACACCAGUUAGUCAGGCUGAUUUGAGGUAGUAUGUACAUGUAGAUAUGGUUAAAGUGACUAUGCAUAUAUGAUGAACAGAGAGUAAAAGUCGAGUAAAGAUGGGUUGGCGGGUGGCGGGACACAAUGCAGAUAGCCCGGUUAGCCAAUGUGCGGGAGCACUGGUUGGUCGGGCCAAUUGAGGUAGUAUGUACAUAUGUACAUGAAUGUAUAGUUAAAGUGACUAUGCUUAUAUGAUAAACAGAAAGUAGCAGCAGCGUAAAAGAGAGGUUGGGGAGGGGGGGACAAUGCAAAUAGUCCGGGUAACAAUUUGAUUACCUGGUUCAGGAGUCUUGUGGCUAGGGGGUAAAAACUGUUGAUAAGCCUUUUUGUCCUAGACUAGGCACUCCGGUACCGCUUGCCAUGCGGUAGUAGAGUGAACAGUCUAUGACUGGGGUGACUGGGCUAUUUAAAAAAUUUUAGGGCCUUCCUUUGACACUGCCUGGUGUAGAGGUCCUGGAUGGCAGGCAGCUUAACCCCUGUGAUGUACUGGGCCGUACGCUCUACCCUCUGUAGGGCCUUGCGGUCGGAGGCCGAGCAAUUGCUCUACCAGGCAAUGAUGCAACCAGUCAGGAUGCUCUCGUUCUUGCAGCUGUAGAACCUUUUCAGGAUCUCAGGACCCAUGCCAAAUCUUUUUAGUUUCCUGAGGGGGAAUAGGCUUUGUCGUGCCCUCUUCACGACUGUCUUGGUCUAUUUGGAACAUCUGGCCCUUCUUUGGACACUGUGCUAACAAACCUCCAAAUGAGCUUCAACGCCAUACAACACUCCUUCCGUGGCCUCCAACUGCUUUUAAAUGCUAGUAAAACUAAAUACAUGCUCUUGAACCGAUUGCUGCCCGCACCCUCACGCCCGACUAGCAUCACUACUCUGGAUGGUUCUGACUUAGAAUAUGUGGACAACUACAAAUACCUAGGUGUCUGGUUAGACUGUAAACUGUAAAAUCCUAAAUUAAAUCUAGAAUCGGCUUCCUAAUUCGCAAACAAAGCCUCCUUCACUCAUGCUGCCAAACAUACCCUAGUAAAACUGACUUUCCUACCGAUCCUUGACCUCGGCGACGUCAUUUACAAAAUAGCCUCCAACACUCUACUCAGCAAAUUGGAUGCAGUCUAUCACAGUGCCAUCCGUUUUGUAACCAAAGCCCCAUAUACUACCCACCACUGCGACCUGUAUGCUCUCGUUGGCUGGCCCUCACUACAUAUUUGUCGCCAAACCCACUGGCUCCGGGUCAUCUACAAGUCUUUACUAGGUAAAGCCCCGCCUUAUCUCAGCUCACUGGUCACCAUAGCAACACCCACCCGUAGCAACACCCCACUGGUCAUCCCCAAAGCCAGCACCUCUUUGGCCGCCUUUCCUUCAAGUUCUCUGCUACCAAUGACUGGAGCGAAUUGCAAGAAUCACUGAAGCUGGAAUCUUAUCUCUCCCUCUAUAACUUUAAGCAUCAGCUGUCAGAGCAGCUUAACGACCACUGUACCUGUACUCAGCCAAUCUGUAAAUAGCACACCCAACUACCUCAUCCCCAUAUUAUUACUUACCCUCUUGCUCUUUUGCACCCCAGUAUCUCUACUUGCACAUCAUCAUCUGCAUAUCUAUCACUCCAGUGUUAAUGUAAAUUGUAAUUAUUUUUCCUCAAUGGGCUAUUUAUUGCCUACCUCCUUACUCUUCUACAUUUGCACACACUGUACAUAGAUUUUUCUAUUAUGUUAUUGACUGUACGUUUGUUUGUAACUGUUGUUUUUGUCGCACUGCUUUGCUUUUAUCUUGGCCAGGUCGCAGUUGUAAAUGAGAACUUGUUCUCAACUGGCCUACCUAGUUAAAUAAAGGUGAAAUAUAAAAUGUAAUUUAUUAAUAGGGGGAUGGUAGACCGGGGUGGCAGGGGAGGAAGUGCUGCACCAGCAGACUGCGAGUCAGUUGUGAUUCAGACAGUCUGUGUCUGAGCGUCACAUGUUUUUUUUCUCUCUCCACUGAUCUUUAUGAAUCUCUCUCUGGUCUCUGGGUAGACCAGGGGGGUUUAAGGACAUGUCAGCACAUAGCUCAGCUCCACGUGGCUGCCGGGCUCCUCCCCCUCUGAGCCAGAAGCACAAUGGCUGACCUAUCUCCUCCCCUUCUCUCUCGCACCCUCUCUGCUGCUGCUUCUGUGGCAUACCCCCCCUCUCCCCCAGGAAGAGGCUGAAAUGUUUUGUAGUGCGUGAGUACAGAAUGACAGAAGAGCAGCUGAGAGAGAGAUACGGGGGGGGGUUACACUAGUCAGAGCUCAUUUGUUAAAGUUUUGAAUAGUUUUUUUUCUCCUUUUUUUCUGGAGUUGCUCCUCCCUCUUUCCCCCUCUAUUUGGCCCCCUUUGACUGUCUGUAGUUCGGUGCUCAGUGGGCGGGGGCGCUUGCAUUCCAGUGCUGCAGCUCCACAAGGCCAGUCACUCUGGCUUCUCUCUCGCUCGCUCUCUUUUUGUCUUUUGUCUCUCCCUCUACGUGUGUGUGUGUGUGAGAGCUGGGAACAAGGCUCUGCCCUGCUGGCUCUGCGAGUUGUUGAGGGAGUAGGCUACGUGCGCUAUCCCAACCACGGUUGCAAAAGCAGCCUACUUGCUGGGAGAGGCCUGCAGGCCGACAGCUCAACUCCGGCCCCAGGAUGAGAGAGGCCUGCUAAGGGCUCUGGAGCCUGUCCGCGUCAGAUCAUAAUACGAGACCCUAACCAGGGUGGUAAAGACAUCACUGAGGAGAUUAUGUCAGGGGGCACCCGCAGUGGCACCACCCCCACACCCCCACAGGUGAGCGACGACUCUUCAGAGUCGUCUAUAUCUGGAUCAGAGGGCCCAGCCAUUGCCCAGGCAGACUGGGAGAACGUGACACCUGUCGUGGUCAGACCAGAUGACCGAGGGAAACCUGCAGCCACUCUCAUAACUGGCCCCCCAGCCCCGUCUAAAACCCCUGAACUGGUCAAGACUUCCCCUGCCCCAACAGAGGUCAAACUCCCAGACACAAACAGUAAAUCCCCUUCCUUAUCCCAGGACCUACUCUCACCCCCGUCGGUAACUACCACCCUCCACACUACUGUCCCUACUACCCCCCAACCCUCAACUUGUCCCAUUGGAGACAUGAUGGAGGCUCCAGUCCCAGCCGCUGUUCCAGCCCCAUCUGCCCCUGAAGUGCCCGCUUACCCUGCACCCCUGCCUGAACCCCGCCCCACUCCUGCAGCUGAGGAGCAUCCCUCAGCUGCCAAGGAGGAGCGGGAGGAAGUGAAGGAGAAAGAGGAGAUUAAAGAGGUGGCAGAGGCUAGGCAGGAGGGGACUACAUCAUCCAAACCUGAGCCUUCCCUUGCUCUGGUGACCACCCCUAGCAGCAGCACUAAUGGUAUCUCUGCCAUCCAGCCAACCCCAGCCAAGGAGGAGGAGCCAGCAGCCCUGUCCAUCAACAUGCCCACCCCCCAGGCAGCAGAACCCCCCCUGGAGUCUCCCAUCGCCCAGCCAGAGGAGCUCAGGCUGCCCAAUGGCCUGCCGCUCCCCAGCCCCCAGGACCCUGAGAAGAUGUGUGCGGAGUUGUCGGAGUGUGACGUCAGCCCCAUCGCUGAGCCUGAGGUGGCCCAGUUACAGAGCGAGGCACCCAUGCCUAAACCGACGCCUGUUGCAGUCACAGCAAUGUCCGCCCCCGUUGUCAAGGUGACGCCCGCCCCCGUUGCCCAGGCGACGCCUGUCCUAGCUGAGACUGCUACUACUACAGUUGUAACUGCUCCCCGUUUGGAAGACGAGAUGGACUCUCCACCACCACAGAGCACCACCCCAGCCGGGGAGAGUUCUAUGCAAGCUGCUGUUUCUGUGCCAAAGAAAAAGAGGAAGAUGAAGGAUCUGAACAAGAAGGAGGCUGUUGGGGACCUCCUGGAUGCCUUUAAGGAGGAGCAGGUAGUGGAGAGCCCUCCUGAGCCAGAGCAGGCCACACCCACUUCUGCCUCUGACGCUAAGGAGCCCCGCCCAGCCGACACCCCUGCAGUCGAAGAGGUGGAUGAGACGUGGGAGGAGAAGGAGGACAAACUGGAUGCAGAGAAUAUCGAACCCAAGCCCGGGGAUCUGAAGUACCAGUACAAAGAGGAACUAUGUAGGCCUAUAGACCCAGAGGAGAAGAAGAGGUAUGACAGGGACUUCCUGCUGGGCUUCCAGUUCAUCAGUGCCGCCAUGUCCAAGCCUGAGGGCCUGCCUCAGAUCAGUGACGUGGUGCUGGACAAGGCGAAUAAGGCCCCUCUCCGCCAGCUGGACCCCAGCCGUUUGCCAGGGAUGAACAUGGGCCCCGACUUCACACCCUCGUUUGCCAACCUGGGCAGGCCUGGAAUGGGAGGAGGAGGUGGUGGAGGUGGAGGUGGCCACAGAGGAGGACCACCCUCUGGUAUGGGUGGUGGAGGACCGCGUCGCUCCCAGCAGGGCCAGCGUAAGGAGCCCAGGAGGAUCAUCAACAUCUCUUCAUCUCUGACUGAAGACGUGAAGCUCAACAAGGCUGAGAAGGCCUGGAAGCCCGCUGUCAAGAAGGCUGCCAGUGGGCAAGCUGCUCCUGAGGAGGAGAGCGACGACUCGGAAGAGGCCAAGACCCAGGAGCUGUUCAAGAGGGUCCGUAGUAUCCUGAACAAGCUGACCCCUCAGAUGUUCCAACAGCUGAUGAAGCAGGUCACAGAGCUGACCAUAGAUACAGAGGAGAGGCUGAAGGGAGUGAUAGAUCUGAUCUUUGAGAAGGCCAUCUCUGAACCCAACUUCUCCGUGGCCUACGCCAACAUGUGCCGCUGCCUUAUUGGGCUCAAAGUCCCCACCACAGACAAGCCGGGAGUCACUGUGAAUUUCCGCAAGCUGCUUCUGAACCGCUGUCAGAAGGAGUUUGAGAAGGACAAGGACGAUGAUGUCAUCUUUGAGAAGAAGCAGAAAGAGCUGGACGCUGCAGCCACGGAGGAGAAGGAUCGCCUGAAGGCAGAGCUGGAGGAGGCCAAAGACCAGGCGCGGCGGCGGUCGCUAGGCAACAUCAAGUUCAUUGGUGAGCUGUUCAAGCUGAAGAUGCUGACAGAGGCCAUCAUGCACGACUGCAUCGUCAAGCUGCUGAAGAACCAUGAUGAGGAGUCACUAGAGUGCCUCUGUAGACUCUUGUCAACUAUAGGGAAGGACCUGGACUUUGAAAAGGCGAAGCCACGUAUGGACCAGUACUUUGCCCAGAUGGACAAGAUCAUCAAGGAGAAGAAGACAUCGUCCAGAAUCCGCUUCAUGCUGCAGGACGUACUGGACCUCAGGAGGAACACGUGGGUCCCCAGGAGAGGAGAGCAGGGCCCCAAGACCAUAGACCAGAUCCAUAAGGAUGCUGAGCUGGAGGAGCACAGGGAGGUUCUCAAGGUGCAGCAGCAACUCCUCAACCAGAACACCCGAGGAGGAGGAGGAGGAGGAGGAGGACGUGGUGGUGGUGGAGGAAGAGAUCAGGGGAGCCGCGGGGGCCAACACCCCCAGACGGGCCAAAGGAGUCAGCCCCAGGACGAGGGCUGGAACACAGUUCCCAUCUCCACCAAGAGCAGACCCAUCGACACCAGCCGACUCAGCAAGAUCACUAAGCCCGGGGCUUUGGACUUCAACAACCAGCUGCUGGCGCCCCAGCUCGGGGGUAAGGGCAUGUGGGGCAGCUGGGGCAAGGGCAGCAGUGGAGGCACCACCGGAGCAAAACCCGCUGGUGAAGCCACCCCAGAGUCAGGAGGCCGCCCAGCCACCAGCACCCUCAACAGGUUCUCAGCAUUGCAGCCACAGCAGCCCUCCUCAGGGCCCUCACAUGACUCGGACAGAAGAGUUCCUCAGAGGAACAGCUCGAGUCGGGACCGUGGCAGCGACAGAUUCGAGCGCCAUGAUCGUGGCAGCAACGACCGCUUCGACAGGCGGGACGACCGGCGAGACGACCGGGACAGGAACCGGCCCACGGUCACCAAGCGUAGCUUUAGCAGGGAGACGGAUGAGCACAGCAGAGAGAGGGAGCACCGCGGCCCUGCUGAUCCUGUACGCCGCGUAGCCAGCAUGACCGACGACCGGGGCAGCAGAGACCGAGCCAGGAGCAAAGACAAUGUGAAGAGGGAAGCUGCUCCCCCUUCUGCCCAGAACAAACCUGCCUUGAGUGAAGAAAUGCUGGAAAAGAAGUCCACAGCUAUCAUAGAGGAGUACCUACACAUCAACGACAUGAAGGAGGCGCUGCAGUGUGUAGUGGAGAUGAACAGCACCCCACUGCUCUUUGUGUUUGUACGGAGCGGUCUAGAGUCCACUCUGGAGCGCAGCCCCAUCGCCAGAGAACGCAUGGGCCUGCUGCUGCACCAGCUGUACAAGGCGGGGACCCUGCCCAAAGAGCAGUACUACAGAGGGCUUCAAGAGAUACUGGAGGUGGCGGAGGACAUGGCCAUAGACGUCCCCCACAUCUGGCUCUACCUGGCUGAGCUCAUCACCCCUAUGCUUCACGAAGGAGGCAUCCCCAUGGGACAGCUCUUCAAGGAGAUAUCCAAGCCCCUGGUUCCUCAGGGGACGGCUGGAGUUCUGCUGGUCCAGAUCCUCACCUUACUCUGCAAAGGAAUGAGCCAUAAAAAGGCAGGUGCCAUGUGGAGGGAGGCGGGGCUUAGCUGGAAAGACUUUCUGCCUGAGGACGAGGACGUCAACAAGUUUGUGACAGAAAAGAAUUUGGUGUUCACCCUGGAAGGAGGAGAAGAUGAUGAGACAGAGAAGAGCAGUAAGAAAGAGCUGAGCUCAGAGGAGCUGACCAAACAGCUGGACAGACUCAUACAGGACAAGGCUGUCAACCAGAGGAUCUAUGAUUGGGUCGAGGCUAACCUGGACGAGACGCAGAUGUCCUCCAACGUGUUUGUCAGAGCAGUCAUGACAUCCAUCUGCCAGUCGGCCAUCAUCUGUGAGAACCCUUACAAGUUGGAUGCGAAGGUGAUCACCCAGAGGGCCAAGCUGCUCCACAAGUACCUGAAAGAUGAGCAGAAGGAGCUGCAGGCUCUCUACGCCUUGCAGGCCCUCAUGGUGGAGAUAGAGCAGCCUGCCAACCUGCUGCGGAUGUUCUUUGACACGCUGUACGAUGAGGACGUGAUCAAAGAGGAGGCCUUCUACAAGUGGGAGUCCAGCAAGGACCCCGCAGAGAUGCAGGGCAAGGGUGUGGCCCUGAAGUCCGUCACCGCCUUCUUCACCUGGCUCCGUGAGGCCGAGGACGAGGAGUCUGACAACAACAGCUAGAACCUGCUCACCGGUGCCCCCUGGACUCUGGGAAAGACCUGCAGGAGAAAAAAGAACAUCCUGUUGAUGAUGAUUCAGGAACAUGGGGCGUUAAAAAAAAGAGGAAAAAAUCAGCUAGGAGAUUCUACUACGGAUUGAACAUGCAAUCGUUUUUUGUUUUAUUUUCUUCAGUUUUGUUUAUUUUGCGCUGCCGAAUGUGUUUGAACUAAAUUGAGAAACUAAUUGCGAGAGAGCGAUAAGCGUUACAACAAGCUGUAGGGGUGGCUGUUUCCUUCAGUGUUUUGAGGUUUUAUCCCUUGUUUUAAAGGCGUCACGUUGCCGUAGCAACACUAUUCAUGAUGUUUAGCAAAACAACAAAAGAUUAAAUCCCCAACAGACCGAACUAAUAAAGGCUGCUCAUAUAUAUUUUUGAUUACAUCAUAUAUCCUGUUGAAUGAGACAUGAUGGCCAUCAUGUUGUAUGUAUGAUUCUAUACGACUCUGUCAGCGAUUUAGCUCUUUCUUUUUGAGUUUAGGAUGAUUGAAGUGUUUCUUUUUUUUAGAUAAAAGAAAAUCUGUAUAAAGAAAAGUGGACAUGCUGGAGCUCGCGUUCUUUGAACAUUACAGUGUGUAGUCUUUGAGACUCCUGUGGACUUCCUGUCUGGUGGAGAGGGACAGUGGGGCGAUGGACAAUGACCUUUUGCUGCUGGGGGUCACAAUGCUUCCUUAUGGCCAUGCUCGCCAACCCCAUUUUGUCCCGUGUUACAUUUCUCCUACACUUCCAAAAACUGUGGGUCUGGAAAGGGAGAACGGGCUUGCAACGACGUGGAUUUUUAAAAAGACAAAAUCAUCAUUCAAACUUGAAAGGUAUAUAUAUAAAUCAUCUUUAAAAAAGCAAUUUCAAAAAGAGUAUAAAAUUACAUUCACGUUUCCUAAGGCUUUUUCUGCUUCCGUUUAGUGGAAAUGCAUUUCAGGAGAGUUAUGUAAUAUAUUGCUUUUUUUGUUUUGUUUUUCAAAAAUAAAAAUGCUAAUGUUAUGCCAUGUAUUUUUUUUUCUGAAACAGUGGCAGUUCUCUGUAUUUAUAUUUUUCUCUCCUCAGCUAGCAGGUGCUUGUAAUGCUCCACCUGAAGUCAUUGAUUACAAUUUAAUUGAAUAUUUUGUAAAUACUUUUUUGCUUUACUUUAUGAAGUAUUUAAUUAAGAAAAUGAAUGCCUCUUUUCAUAUCUGAAACUGGAAAAGAUAAUAAAGAACAUUGCAAAUAA